UACUGCAGCGUCCACGAUGAAAAACACAUUUUUAUUACAACAUAAUAAAUUGUUUAUUACUUAUUGUUUGUAAUUUUCAUAUUUAAAUUUUAAAUGUGAAAAUAAUAAACUUGCAUAGUACAAGGUAUAUCAAAUAUAGUUAUGUAAAAUGUAUGUUUUAUUUCGUAAUUUACAUUUGAAGUGUCUAACCUCGUGUCUACCAAUUUCAACAGUUUACCAAGGUUUUUAUAAAAAUUAUUCACAAAUAAUGGUGCAGUUAAAUGUUAAUGAAGCUGUUUUAAUGUACGAAGAAGGACAUACAAAAUUUGAUAUGUUACUUCGUUAUAUUAAUCCUGCCUUAAACGUAGACAGACGUUUUAAUUUCCAUAGAUCCGUGGAUGAACCAAUAAAGAAUUUAGUACGUAGAAUGGAUAAUAAUAUAAAAACUUAUAUAAUUAAAAAAUCUAAACGAAAGAAAAAAAAAGCAAAUAAGUUAGAGGAAAAAAUUGAACCCAAUAAUAUUGGAGAGGACGGCAUCAAAUUUGUAAGAAAUAAUUGUGUUCUUGAUGGUGAUCUUACGUGCAAGACUAUUUUAGAACAUUCAUCAGAAAUAAAAUUGAUCAUUUUUGAUCAAGAAUAUGUACUAAAGCAAAAUAUACCUUAUAUUGCGAAAAUGGAAUUGCCAUUAAACAUUUUAAUUGAUUUUCCAAUUUAUCUUUCAAAAUUUGAAACAACGUAUGUAAAUAGAGAAAUGUCAACUUUCAAUUGGUAUAAAUUUGAAAAUAAGGAAUGGAUUCAUGUUGGAGAAGGAUAUAUAUAUAUACCUAGGAUAUCUGACUUAGGAUGCAGAUUAAAAGUAUCAUGUGUACCAAGAAACGAUACACAAACUGGACCUGUAGUAGAAGUUACAUCUAAUGGUAUAGUACAACCUGGUCCAGGUUUAUGUCCUUUUGAUAUUAGACAUGCUUUUACUAGAAGCAAAUUGUCUGGUAAAAGUUUCAGAAUAACAUCAUAUAAUAUAUUGGCAAAUGUAUAUUCGGAAACUUCAUUAUCUAAGGAUACUUUGUAUCCUUAUUGUCCACAAUAUGCAUUAUCUAUGGAUUAUCGAAAAUUACUAAUUCUCAAAGAACUUAUAGGAUAUAAUGCAGAUAUAAUAUGCCUUCAAGAAGUUGAUAGCAGAGUUUAUAAAAAUGAUUUAUUGUUAUCUUUAUGUACACUGAACUAUGGUAGUAUAUUUAAUCUUAAAAAUGACAUGCAAGAAGGUGUUGUAACAUUUUAUAAUGAAGAAAGAUUUGACAAGCUAGACUCAGAUUAUAGUAUUAUUUCUCAAGGCAUCAAUUUAGAUGGAUUUAAUACUAUUUGGUCACAAAUUCAAAAUGAAGAUUUAAAACAAACAUUUCUGAACAGAAAUACAAUUAUUCAGAUAGUAGCACUAAAAUCCAAAGAAAACUCCGAAAUUUUAGUCAUUGGCAACACACACUUGUACUCUCGGCCGGAAGCAGAUGAUAUACGUCUAUUACAAGCAUAUUACGGCCUAGUGUAUUUAAAUUCAUUUGCUGAAAAAAUAAAAGCAGAGAAUGCGGAAUGUAAUGUUAGCAUUAUAUAUUGUGGAGAUUUUAACAGUGUACCAGAAAGCGCAGUCUAUCAAUUAAUAAUUAAAAAACAUAUAUUAAAUUAUCAUGACGAUUCGCAAUCCGAUCCCGAUCCACGUAUAAGAUCUGUCAAACAUGACGUAAACUUACAUAGUGCUUGUGGCACUCCAAAAUAUACUAAUUAUACUACUACUUUUUCUGGUUGCUUAGAUUAUAUAUUUUAUCAAACAGAUCAUUUAGAAAUUGAACAAGUUAUACCUAUGCCUAGCGAAGAAGAACUUAAUUCACAUAUGGCUCUUCCAUCCGUAGUGUUUCCAAGUGAUCACAUUUCUUUAUGUGUUGAUUUAAAGUGGUCAAAAUAAAAUGUGUAUUAUUUAAUUGAUACGUAACUGUACCACACAUGAAAAAUAUAUUUUAUAUUUUUAA